UCCCCCUCUCCCUUGUCCUUCUUGUCCUUACCUCCUGCUUCAAAGCACACCCCAAUGUCCUCCCUCCGCUCAUUCCUCUCAACACUCUACACAUACACCCUCGGCUUCCUCCUCUCCGCCCUCAGCGACGGCCUGUACUCGGUUUUUGGUUUGAUCAAUAUGGUUCGGUGGAGUAGUGAUAUUGUCAAGGUUAGGCCGGUGAAGCCUGGAUUGGUGGAUUUGACGACGAGGGUUAUGACUGGAGGGAAAGGGGAGGGGAGGGGCGGGGGGAAGGGGGGGAAGGGGGUGACGGUGAAUGAGUGGGUGGAGGAGAAUGUACCGAGUUUGAAGGAGAGGUUUACCCCCGCUGCUUGGUUGCCAAAUGGACAUUUGCAGACGCUUUUUAGUGCUGCUGGGGAUUUUACGAAAGUGGACAAGGUGCAUUAUGUGCGAACCUAUCUCCGACUGCCUGAUGGAGGUACACUAGGGAUCGAUGUGACGCCGGAAGAUCACCACAAGCUCGCGCCGGACGCGCCGACCGUGGUGGUGUGUCAUGGUCUUACAGGCGGGAGCCAUGAGAGUUAUGUAAGGAAUAUACUUGGGUGGGUUAUCAAGCCCAAGAGCGAGGGUGGGCUGGGGGGACGGGGGGUUGUCGUAAAUUUUCGCGGGUGCGCCGGUGUACCCGUCACUUCGGACCAGCUCUACUCUGCGGGUACGACCAUGGACCUAGCUCUCGCGCUGCACCACAUCUCGGCGCGCUACCCCUCGUCGAAACUGCUCGGUAUUGGCUUUUCCCUCGGCGCGAGCGUCUUGGCAAGGUACCUCGGGGAGUAUGGGGAGGACGCGCUGCUGACGAGCGGGGUGGUACUGGGCUGUCCGUGGGAUCUGACGGCCAUGUCGCAUAAACUCGAGAACGACUGGUUCACUGCGCGGGUCUACUCGUCCACCCUGGGGAAGAACGUCCUCCGCUUAUUCUUUCGCGCAUACGACAAGAACCCGGCGCUGUUUGACGCGGUGGAGAGCCCCGUGGCGGGGUAUAUGGAUGAGCUGAAGAAGCUAAGGAAAGAGGCUGGGAGCGGGACGAGGUUGAGGGGGGUGGAUGAUGUGUUGACGUGCAAGAUUGGGGGACCGAGGGGGAUUGGGGCGUGGCCGUUUGAGAGUGCUGCAGAGUAUUAUGCGUGGGCGAGCCCGAGUAAUGUGUUGAGUGGUGUCAAGGUUCCACUGUUCGCGAUCAAUGCGUUUGACGAUCCUGUGGUGGACGGCCUCGCGCUGCCUCUGGCAGGGAUGCAAGCGUCAACGCACAUCUACACGGCCAUCACCCGCGGCGGCGGCCAUCUCGGCUGGUUCGACGGCCCCCUCUUCGGCUCGCCCGCCAAGACCAAGCACAGGUGGAUCCUGAAACCCGUGUCGGAAUGGUUUGAGGCGUGUGCGAGGGAUCUGAGGUCGCCGGGGGAAGAUGCGCGGGCGGCGGUGGAGGUGGAAGAGGUGGAUGGGUGGGAGUGGGUCAGGGAGGCUAGGUACAAGAUUCCUGGGGUUGAGAGAGUGGGGUGGAAGGUGCUGCGGGAGGGGGAGGUGGUGGCUGGGGAAGAGGACGAGGGCGAGGGCGGGCUGGUGCAGGGGCUAUAG